AUGGAUCGCGUCGCAGAUAAAUUCAGUGAAAUUAAGAAGAUAGUUCGGAAGAAAAUUGACGGCAUUACUGUGAAGAAAGAAAGCAUAAGUAAAAGUACGAAACGACCUGACGGUAAACGAAAACUUGAGGACUCAGAAUUUAAGGAUUCUGCACAAGCAUCUACUAGCUCUACAAGCACGCUCAAACAUUUUUUACGUCAGAAAGUCUUUAAAUCUGAAAAUCCAGGAAAUAAAGCGGAGGAUUCUAACACGAAGACGGUGGAAAAGGUUUCAAUAUUCGCGCAUCUCAAGAUGUCGGACAGAAGUGACAGUUCAACGUCUGGAGGAACAGACAUCACUUCUGUCUCUGAAGCCUCUAAUUAA